AUAAAUAUGCUUAUGGUCUAGCAGCGGUUAAUAGAGCAUAUGGCAUUGUACUCGGGCGGGAGCGAGAGAGAGAGAGACCGAGAGAGGUGGGUCAUUGUUGCUCCGGCAAGUAAAAGCUGCACGAGUUGGAUCCAUCGGUCCAUCCACAUAUACAUUUUCCAUUUCAAUUCCCUCCGUUGCAAGUAAAUUCCGAUCGCCAUUGGAGUACCCUUUUUCAAUCUCUCCAUAAAGGCGAGAAGGAAAAGCAGGACAAAGAAAAAAGGGUGCAAAAAAGAACAGAUUGGCAGUAGCAGCGGGCAGGGGAAGGCAAUAUGGGUUAUAAAACCAGAGAUCUUUCGGACGAAGGUAUCGUCUCGCCUUCCCUGAGUGAUGCAUUACUGUUCACUACCAUGUGCAUCGUAGGGCUACCGGUGGAGGUUCAGGUCAAGGACGGCUCUACCUAUUCUGGCAUCUUUCACACAGCCUGCGUCGAAAAGGAAUACGCUAUUGUUUUGAAAAGAGCAAGGAUGAUCAAAAAGGGAAAAAAUGACGCUAACUUAACAAAGGGUGCUAUCGUAGAUACACUUGUGGUACUCUCAGGUGAUCUUGUUCAAGUAGUUGCCAAGGGAGUUGCACUUCGGGUAGAUGGAACCUUUGACAGUGUAGCUGAUGAUGAAGUUGAAGCAGUCGCAGGAUCUGUUUCUCAUAUAGAGCGCUCAGAAAGUGAAGCAAAAGUUGUAGCUACGGAUGCAAAGCAGAUUAAUCAAAUUAGGAGUUUGGAUCAAGAUGAGAAUAAGUCUUCUUAUGAUUUGACAAACACAACCUCUGAAGAUGGAUUGCUCAUGAAAGUUGAAGAGGGCACUUUAAUGAAUAAAGCGGCAGCUGAGUCUUUUGGAAGUGGGCAGGGAGUUGAAAAUGGGAAAAAUAAUAACAUGAUGUUAACAAAGACUGAAGAAGCUUUCUCUGUUCCAGUUGACAUGGGACAGGUUGGGAAAGACAAGUCACAAGGGAAAAAGAGUGGGUAUGAUCAGGAGCAUGGGGCCCAUAAGGAAGGCAAUAUUCAUGAAGUUCAGAGCUCAAGUACAAUCAAGGUCUGUGAUAUGCAAGUAAAAUCCGUGGAUGGAAAGAAUAUUGUCGUUUCAUCUAGUAUUCUUCCCAAUGGAACAUCUUAUGGUUGUCCUGAACCUCCACUUGCCAAGACAGAGGUUCAAGGUUCUGAGAGAUCCACCUCAAUACACUUCCCACAAUCAGAUGUUUCUACUUCUUCCACGUUAGUUGUAGAUGGUAGCUCACAAUCAGGUCCCAGUUCGUCAACAUCAACUGUUGUGGUCCCUCCUAGAAGCUUGGUUUCUAAUACAGGUGCCAAGUCUGUGCAGGAAUUUAAGCUUAACCCUGGGGCAAAGACCUUUUCACCAUCAUUUGCAAUUCCAAGGUCGGCUACACCUCCUAUGGUUCCAGCUAUUGCAAACAUGGCUUACAUUCCAAACAGCUCUCCAGUGGUGCCUGUUGCUUGUCCACAGCCAGAAAUUGAAAUAAGUCCUUUUGCACCUCGUUCAUCUCUGCCUGUAAAGCUUGUCCAAUACAAUCCAGUAGCUGGAAAUGGUAGCAGUGGUUCUCAAUAUUCACAACCUGUUGUGGGACAUGUGGGAGGCAGGCCGCAGGCCAUAAGAUAUGGUGGUCAACUUCAUCCUGUUCAAGCAGGUCCUGCAUAUGUACAUCCAAAUUCUCAAGCUGUCAUGGUCGGGCGAUUUGGACAACUUGUCUAUGUGCAUCCUGUUUCGCAUGAUGUGGUUCAGAGUGCUGCAGCUCUCUCACAAGUACCUGCACGUCCUCUACUUGCUCCACAUCAGACACAUUUGCCGAAGCACCAAGGGAGUGCAGCAGGCCAAGCAUUGCAGCUUUGUGUGGCUCCACCUUUUGUAGCUGCUGCUGCUGGACAGCAACCUUUUGCAGUGCAAAGCCACAUCCCAUUCUCGCAGCCUCCCUUCCCUGCUAUCCGCCCAAUUCCAGUCUCUGGUCCCAAUGGUUUCUUCAGCAGUAAGUUCCCGUGACUGUGUAUCCAUUAUUACCCACUCACCAAAUUUUGGUCAAAGUUAAAGCUUUAUUAUCAUCUAGGAAAGAAUUACCUGUUGAGAGUAUUAUUUUAGUUGUAUGUGCUUGCACUGUUGCUGUUUGUAUCUGAGUUGAACACUGUAAAGGCUAGUUUAACAGUGCAGCUUCAUUGUUUGGAGAAGCGUGGGAUGCUUAUUUCUGUAAGAAUGUAAUUUUGAUAGUGUUGAAAGGGACUUCAGAACUGAAAA